CGAGAGGGCGACAGAAAGAAAGAAACCCAGCGAGGAGGGGGGAUGGAGGGAGACACAGAGAAACUGAGAGGAACAUGCGAGGAAUAAACACGCGAGGAUUUUCCGGAGGCUUGAUUUCUGUCUUUCUUUGUCGGAUUGUAUUGAACCGGAUUCCGAUAUGAACCCUGCAGAAGCGGCCGAGGAGGCGCCCAGCGACCCCGACACUGAUGCCUUCUACAAAACAGGGUCACCGAGGACCGAGGGCAUCAAGGCGUCAGACGUUCUUCCUGUGUUGAAGGAGAAAGUUGCCUUCGUGUCAGGUGGGCGCGAUAAAAGAGGAGGACCAAUCCUGACGUUUCCUGCAAGAAGUAACCACGACCGAAUAAAACAGGAAGACCUGAGGAGGCUGGUGACCUACCUGUCUACUGUUCCCAGUGAGGAUGUGUGUAAACGUGGUUUCACCGUCAUCAUCGACAUGCGUGGUUCUAAGUGGGAGCUGAUCAAGCCUCUGCUGAAGACGCUGCAGGAGUUUUUCCCCGCUGAGAUCUGUGUGGCGCUGAUCAUCAAGCCGGACAACUUCUGGCAGAAACAGAAGACCAAUUUUGGCAGUGCGAAGUUCUCCUUUGAGACCAGCAUGGUGUCAGUCGAAGGUCUGUCUAAGCUGGUGGACCCCUCCCAGCUGACGGACGACUUUGAAGGCUCUCUGGACUACAACCAUGACGAGUGGAUGGAGCUCAGAGUCUCUCUGGAGGAGUUCAUCUCCAACGCUGCUCACCUGCUGUCCCGACUGGAAGACCUGCAGGAGCUUCAGUCCAAGAAGGAGUUUCCUGCAGAUGUGGAGGGAUCUCGUCGGUUGAUAGAUGAGCACACACAGCUGAAGAAGAAGGUGCUGAAGGCUCCAGUGGAGGAGCUAGACCGGGAAGGCCAGAGGCUGCUGCAGUGUAUCCGAUCUAGUGAUGGCUUUUCAGGGAGGAACUGCAUCUCAGGCUCUGCUGACUUCCAGAGUUUGGUGCCCAAGGUGGCCAGUCUGCUGGAUAAGCUCCACUCCAUGCGGCAGCAUCUCCAUCAGAUGUGGCACGUCAGGAAGCUGAAGCUGGACCAGUGCUUCCAGCUGCGUCUGUUCGAACAGGACGCCGAGAAGAUGUUCGACUGGAUCAGCCACAACAAGGAGCUGUUCCUGCAGAGUCACACAGAGAUCGGACGGGGAUACCAACAUGCCGUGGAGCUGCAGACUCAGCACAACCACUUUGCUAUGAACUCCAUGAAUGCCUAUGUAAAUAUCAACAGGAUCAUGUCGGUGGCGAGCCGCCUGGCAGAGGCCAGUCACUACGCCUCCACACAGAUAAAACAGAUCUCCACUCAGCUGGAUCUGGACUGGAAAAGUUUUGCUGCUGCACUCGACGAGCGCUCCACCAUCCUCGCCAUGUCGUCUGUGUUUCACCAGAAGGCUGAACAGUUCCUGUCGGAGGUGGAUGCCUGGUGUAAAGUGUGCAGUGAGGGGGGGUUACCGUCCGAGAUGCAGGAGCUGGAAAUCGCCAUCCAUCGCCACCAGAGUCUGUACGAGCAGGUGACCCAGGCUUACACCGAGGUGAGUCAGGAUGGUAAAGCCUUAUUGGACGUCCUCCAGAGACCUUUGAGUCCCGGCAACUCUGAAUCGCUGACAGCCACUGCCAAUUACUCCAAAGCGGUUCACUGCAUCCUGGACGUGGUUCACGAGGUUCUCCACCAUCAGCGGCGUCUCGAGAAUAUUUGGCAGCAUCGAAAGGUCCGACUGCACCAGAGACUGCAGCUGUGUGUUUUCCAGCAAGACGUCCAGCAGGUGAUGGACUGGAUAGAAAACCACGGCGAAGCUUUCCUCAGCAAACACACUGGUGUUGGGAAAUCCCUUCACAGAGCCCGAGCCCUGCAGAAAAGACACGAUGACUUUGAAGACGUAGCUCAGAACACGUACACUAAUGCGGACAAGUUGCUGGAGGCGGCUGAGCAGCUGGCUCAGACCGGCGAGUGCGACCCCGAGGAAAUCUACAAGGCCGCCCGGCACCUGGAAGUCCGAAUCCAGGACUUUGUCCGUCGGGUCGAACACAGGAAGCUGCUGCUAGACAUGUCUGUGUCCUUCCACACCCACACCAAGGAGCUGUGGUCGUGGAUGGAGGAGCUUCAGAAGCAGCUGCUGGAUGAGGUGUGCUGUGAUUCUGUGGAUUCGGUGCAGUCUCUGAUCCAGCAGUUUCAGCAGCAGCAGACGGCCACACUGGAGGCAACGCUCAACGUGAUUAAAGAGGGAGAGGAACUAAUGCAGCAGCUCAGAGACGCAGCCAUGUCGACCAAUAAGACGCCUCACUGCAGCUCCAUCGCUCACAUCCAGGGAGUGCUGCAGCAGCUGGACGAGGCUCAGGGUCAGAUGGAGGAACUGUUCCACGAACGCAAAAUCAAGCUGGACAUCUUCCUCCAGCUACGCAUAUUUGAGCAGUAUACUAUAGAGGUCACAGCAGAGUUGGAUGCCUGGAACGAGGAUCUGUCUCGACAGCUGAAUGACGGCAGCCGCUCAGGCGGCAGCAGCGCCAGCAGCACCGGGGGAGGCGGCGCCUCCUCUGGCAGCACAGAGGACAUCGGCCUGGCAGAGCAGCGGCUGAAACGACAUGCGGAGAGGAAGGCAGCCAUGAACAACAUGACCUACGAAGUGAUGCAGCAAGGCCAAGACCUGCACCAGUACAUCAUGGAGGUCCAGGCUUCAGGGAUCGAGUUGACGGGGGAGAAGGACAUGGACUUGGCCUCUCAGGUACAGGAGCUGCUGGAGUUCCUGCAUGAGAAGCAGCAGGAGGUGGAGCUCAACGCGCAACACACUCACACCCGGCUGGAGCAGAUCCUGCAGCUGCGCCACCUACAGGGCGAGGUCAAACAGGUGUUGGGUUGGAUUCGUAAUGGUGAGUCCAUGUUGAACGCCAGCAUGGUGAACGCCAGCUCUCUGUCUGAGGCUGAGCAGCUGCAGAGGGAACAUGAGCAGUUCCAGAUGGCUAUAGAGUCUCUCUUUCAUGCUAAUUCUCUCCAGAAGACACAUCAGAGUGCUUUGCAAGUCCAGCAAAAAGCUGAGAUCAUGCUUCAGGCCGGACACUACGAUCCGGAGGCCAUCAGAGGCUGUGCGGAGAAAGUGGCCGUCCACUGGCAGCAGCUGAUGCUGAAGAUGGAGGACCGGCUGAAGCUGGUCAACGCCUCUGUGGCUUUUUACAAGACAUCUGAACAGGUGUGCAGUGUGUUAGAGAGUCUGGAGCAGGAGUAUCGUCGGGAUGAAGACUGGUGCGGCAGCCACGAUAAACUGGGGCUGUCGGCUGACUGCGAACACCUCCUACCUCUGAUCAGCAAACACCUGGAGCAGAAAGAAGCCUUCCUCAAGGCGUGCACUCUGGCUCGGAGGAACGCGGAGGUGUUUCUGAAGUACAUCCACAGGAACAAUGUGAGCAUGCCCGGAGCCUCCGGUCACACCAGAGGGCCCGAACAGCAGGUCAAAGCCAUUCUGAAUGAGCUGCUGCAGCGGGAGAACCGAGUCCUUCACUUCUGGACGUUAAAGAAGCGAAGGCUGGACCAAUGUCAGCAGUACUUGGUGUUUGAACGCAGUGCCAAACAGGCGUUGGAUUGGAUCCAAGAGACAGGUGAAGUUUACCUGGCCACACACACAUCACCUGGUGACUGCAGCGAGGAAACGCAGCAACUCCUCAACGCCUACCAUCACUUCAGACUCAAUGCCAAGCAAACCAAGGAGAAGGUGAAGCUGCUGAUCCAGUUGGCGGACAACCUGGUGGAGAAAGGCCACGCCCACGUGUCGGAGCUGAAGCGCUGGGUCAGCACGGUGGACCGCAGAUACCGAGACUUCUCGCUGCGCAUGGGGAAAUACCAGGAGAGCCUGGAGAGAAGCCUGGGGGUCAGCUCUGAGGACAAUAAAGACUUGGAGCUGGAUAUUAUUCCUGCCAGCCUGACAGAUGACCCCGAGGUCAAACUGCGUGACCCCAACCCCGAGGUCAACGAGGAGAAGAGGAAGUCAGCCAGGAAGAAAGAGUUCAUCAUGGCAGAGCUGCUGCAGACAGAGAAGACCUACGUCAAAGACCUCCAAGAGUGUCUAGAGAACUACCUGUGGGAGAUGACCAACGGUGUGGAGGAGGUUCCUCCCGGCAUCGCAAACAAGGAGCACAUCGUCUUUGGCAACAUGCAGGCGAUCUGCGACUUCCACAACAAUAUUUUCCUGAAGGAGCUGGUGAACUAUGAGCAGCUUCCAGAGGACGUUGGUCACUGCUUCGUCACCUGGGCUGAUAAGUUCCACAUUUAUGUGGAUUACUGUAAGAACAAACCAGACUCCAGUCAGCUCAUACUGGAACACGCCGGCACCUUCUUCGACGAAAUUCAGCAGAAACGUGGACUGGCUAACUCCAUCUCCUCCUACCUCAUCAAACCGGUCCAGAGGAUCACCAAGUACCAACUGCUGCUAAAGGAGUUACUGUCAUGUUGUGAGGAGGGAAAAGGGGAGAUAAAAGAUGGUUUGGAGGUGAUGCUCGGUGUCCCGAAGAGAGCUAAUGAUGCCAUGCAUCUCGCCAUGAUGGAGGGGUUUGAAGAAAACCUGGAGGUGCAGGGCGAGUUGAUCCUGCAGGACAGUUUCCAGGUUUGGGAUCCACGCUCACUGAUCAGAAAGGGGCGGGACCGACACCUCUUCCUGUUUGAGUUCCUGGUCUUCAGCAAGGAGAUCAAAGACUCAGCUGGUAGAACCAAGUACCAGUACAAGACCAAACUACUGACAUCGGAGUUGGGGGUGACCGAGCAUAUUGAAGGAGAUCCAUGUAAAUUUGCACUUUGGGCAGGAAGAACCCCCUCCUCUGAUAACAAAACGGUGCUAAAGGCGUCCAAUAUGGAAGCUAAACAGGAGUGGAUUAAAAACAUCAGGGAGGUGAUCCAGGAGAGGAUGACUCACCUGAAGGGGGCGCUGAAGGAGCCUCUUCAUGUGCCUAAAACACCAGCACUGUCCAAACCCAGGAAUAACGCUAAGAGGGAGGGAGGAGAAGAUGGAGAUAGUCAGGGAGACGGCAGCCAACCAGAUACCAUCUCCAUCGCCUCCAGGACGUCCCAGAACACUGUAGAUAGCGACAAGCUCUCUGGAGGCUGUGAGCUGACGGUGGUCCUUCAGGACUUCACAGCAGGAUGCAGCACGGAGAUGUCUGUCAGCACCGGCCAGACGGUGGAGCUGUUGGAGCGGCCGAGUGAGCGGCCCGGUUGGUGUUUGGUGAGAACCACUGAACGCAGCCCCCCUCAGGAGGGACUGGUUCCCAGCUCCACGCUCUGUGUGUCCCACUCACGCUCCAGCGUGGAGAUGGACUGUUUCUUCGGCUCGGGGAAAGAAAACUAUCCCGUUAGCAGCUCUGAUGGAAAGACAGAGUCUGUGGCGAACCUCCAGCCGCAGCCCUCGCUCACCUCGGUUCACUCCAGCUCUCCCGGUCCCAAGCGCUCCGGAAACACUCUGAGGAAGUGGCUCACCAGUCCUGUCCGACGCCUCAGCCACGGCAGCUCCGUCAAGAAACUGCCCAACAACAAACAGAAGAAGACUGGACCAGGAAGAGAGGAGAGCAGGAAGAGUAUCGACAUGGGACAGCCUGACCCCUCACUGCAGGACGACAUCAUCGAUGAGAGAUACCGCGGUAACAACGCUAACAUCCUCUCUAAGCCGACCUCUGGGAUGCAGAGCGGCGGUGAAGAGGAGCAGGACGACACCGACCUGCCCCCCCGCAUGGAGAUCAUCAAGGACCAGGAAGACAAGACUCUGGAUAAAGGAACGUACCCCGACUUCUCUUCUCUGUCUCCAACGGAGCAAACCACUCCGGUGCAGCCGCGAAACCCUGAGCUGGAGCAGAGAGCCAAAGCUAUGAGAGGACGGAUGUUCGUCCUGAACGAGCUGAUUCAGACGGAGAAGGACUACGUCAAGGACCUGGGCAUCGUAGUGGAGGGCUUCAUGAAGAGGAUCGAGGAGAAAGGCACUCCCGAUGACAUGAAAGGAAAAGACAAAAUCGUCUUCGGAAACAUCCACCAGAUCUACGACUGGCACAGAGACUUUUUCGUAGGGGAGGUGGAGAAAUGUCUGGACGACCAUGAGCUCCUUUCUGAGCUCUUCAUCAAACAUGAGAGAAGGCUCCACAUGUACGUGAUUUACUGUCAGAAUAAGCCGAAGUCAGAGUACAUCGUGGCAGAAUAUGACACGUUUUUCGAAGGACUCCAGCAGGACAUCCAGUGCAGGUUAUCCAUCAGUGACUUCCUUAUCAAACCAAUCCAGAGAAUCACCAAAUACCAGCUGCUGCUGAAGGACUUCCUGAAGUACAGCUCCAAGGCAGGCGUUGACUGCGAACAAAUAAAGAAAGCCGUAGAUUUCAUGUCUCAGGUCCCUAAACUGUGUAAUGACAUGAUGAAUCUGGGUCGUCUGCAGGGUUACGAGGGUAAACUGACCUGUCAGGGCAAGCUGCUGCAGCAAGAAACCUUCUUCGUGACAGAGCAGGAUGCCGGCGUCCUGUCGCGCUCCAAAGAACGACGAGUUUUCCUCUUCGAGCAAAUCGUCAUCUUCAGUGAGCUGCUCAGGAAAGGAUCAUCCACGCCCGGAUACCAGUUCAAGAAGAGCAUCAAAAUAUCCUUCCUGGGUCUGGAGGACAGCAGCGAUAAUGAUCCCUGUAAGUUCGUCUUGUCGUGCCGCGGCUCGUCGGAGCGUUGCACCCUGCAGGCCGCCAACGUCGACAUCAAACAGAUCUGGGUCCGACACAUCCAGGAGGUGCUGGAUGCUCAGAACAACUUCCUGUCUGCUCUCCAGUCCCCCAUUGAGUACCAGAAGGAGAAGGGCGGAGCAGGCUGCAGCGCCUCACUGACCAGAAACCGCUCGAGCUCGGGGAGCCGUUCUUCUGCAGCGUCGUCUCACAGCCGCCCGUCAUCAGCAGUCGGCCUCGGAGACAAGGAGACGGAGAGAGGGAGGGCCCAGAUGAAAGUGUCUACCUCCAACGGCGGAUCCACGUGUUUCGAGUCCAGGGACCUUGAGGGUGGCUGUAACGGCGUCUCCUCCACCAUGUUGGUUUCUCAGGACUACUCUGCGCUCAAGGAGAACGAGAUCUGUGUCAGUCAGGGAGAGACCGUCCAGAUCCUGGCCACCAAUCAGCAGAACAUGUACCUAGUUUACCGGCCGGCCAAUAGCCAAUCACCUGCCGCUGAGGGCUGGGUGCCGGGACGCAUCCUGGUCCCGCUCACAAAGUCCAUAAAAGACUCUUCUUCUACUUCCUCCUUUUCGACAUCAGUGGCCGAUGCCAACAACAUCAAGUAAGUCGUCGUCCCCGUCCCCCCCCACCCUCCCAGCACUUCUUUACCUGCAGACAGACGCACUUCCUGUUGUGCUCCAAACCAAGCACUCGGAUUGGAUGAGAGAAUAGAUGUGACAAACUCUUCUCUCCCCAUUUUUGUUUUUUAAGUCAGCUCCCCUCCCCAGGUCCUAACUACUCACUGCCUCCUCCCUCGCCUCCUAACUCCUCCCUCCCUCAUAUCCUCCUCCUCCCCCUCUUGGACCUCACAGGAGUCUUUUUUUUUUUUGUAUUGUAUUUUAACUCCUGACUUACACGACUGUUCUCUUACUGGCCGUCUGCUGCAGUGACAGUUUUAUUUCUGAGCCAUUGUCACUUGACGGCUCUGUGGCAACUACAUGAAAAUGGAUUUAAGGCUUGCAACCGAACUAAAACACUCACACACACACACACACACUGAUCAUUUUCCAUGAGGAUUUAUCCCACAGUAAUAGACUGGAUAGCAAAUCUUGUAUCUUGUAGCUGACUCUGGAAACCAGAGAGAACAUUCAUGUGGAGCUAAACCGGACUCUUAUUUCAGUUCCUAACACCCUGUUUAUUCUUUUUUUGUUGUAUAUUUUUCUUCUUUUUACUGUUUUUGGAAAAAUCAAAACUCACCUGGGGCAUUCAGGUGGCCUCAGCCCUUAUUCUCCGCAGUGGAGAAUAUUUAUUUUGUUGUCUGUGGCAAUCUUUACACAAUUUUGUGUUUAUUCCUCUUGUUGUUGUUUUCCUGCCUUGUUAAUUAUUAUUUUAUUUUACGGACAAAGUUGGAUUUUGUUCCAUCCUUCUUGUUGAUUUUGUUUAUUAUGUCGGCAGUUCACUGUACAAAGUUGAUUUUGAUUUUUUUCGACUGAGGCUCUAGAACAUUCCUGUUUAAAAAAGAAAAAUCCCUUUUGCACUAUUUAAGAUGAGAAAAAAUAUGAAUGAAGUCAGGCUGUGCAAUAUGUUGCGUUUAAUGGCAACGGUCAGCAUUGUACUGUUGGUAGUCUAUAAUAAUGAUUUUAAAUGUAUUUUAAAUAUGUAAAAUAAACCUUUUGGACUUGAGCAUGAGUUAGCAAAGCGACGUGACGGUGAAGUUGUUUUGUCCUGCGCUAGGCUGAAGAUGAUUGUAGUUUUUAAUAUUUGUAAAUAAACUACAUAACAGUCAAAGAUAAA